AUGUUUGUGUCGUUUCUGUUUGUACGUGUGAUUAUUUGCACUGUUUUUUGUGUGUGUGGUCUGAAGGGGCGUAGGAAGGACAAGGAUUCGCCCACUCCAACUGAAGAACAGAAGGAAUACUUGGAAGAUCCCAACAUCAAGAACCGAAUAUCUGAUGCUGACUUCUUCAGACUGGUGACGUUGCCCCCCAUGCUGGAUCUCAAUGAGUGGCUGGCCACACAUACCAUGUCAUUUUUCAACCAUGUGAACCUCAUCUAUGGAGCUGUCUCUGAGUAUUGCACAGCUGAAACCUGUUCCUCUAUGACAGCUCCAGAUAAUGUACAGUACUUCUGGGUUGAUGAUAAAGGCAAGAAGACCAAACAGACAGCUCCACAGUAUAUAGACUAUGUCAUGACUCAUAUACAGAAAGUCAUUAACGAUGAGUCUAUUUUCCCUACAAAAUAUGGAAACCCCUUUCCUCCUGAUCUUGAAGCCACAGUCAAGCGAAUCUACAAGUAUUUGUUCCAUGUGCUAGCUCAUCUAUACCAUGCACACUACAAACUGCUGCGUCAGCUGGAUCUGCAUGCACACCUCAACACCCUCUUCACACAUUUUAUGGUAUUCACCUCCAAAUUUGACUUGGUUCAGGACAAGGAGUCAGACAACCUUCUGCUUCUCUUUUCACUCCUGCUGAAAAACUUAGCAGACCCCAGUCAGAAUCCUAAACUCCGGGAGGGGCUAGGUUUAGGGGAUGCUGUGUUAGGGCCACCUCACGAUAAAUCUACAGAUAUAUCCAAGACAGUUGAAGACUCUGACAAAUCAACAGCAGAAGUGACAACCACAGAAACCAUCCAGGAAUGCAACAAUGAUGGCCGUAACCUCCCUGCCUGUGAUAAAGACUCUGGCUGCCAUAUUGAUAAUGGUACCUCACAACAUAAUGAACUAAAUCGAAUGUCACUCUCCCUCUCACUUUCCUCCCAUCUGUCUUCUCAUGAAGGAAAGGAGUUAGAGGGUGAUAUGAUUGAGUCAGACCCUUCCAGAUCUCCAUCAGAAUGGUUGUCUAACCUCCAGCUGUCUGCCACCUGA